AUUUAACAGUUUUCGAACACCGGUCACGGGCGGAGGGAUACGUUACCAUGGGAACGCCAGGGUCUCGCUUAGAAACCUAUGGCUUUCCCCGCGACAUCCUGCCCUCCCCACCCUUUCCCUCACCCUUUUUGUGAACCCUCCUGGUGUUCCUUCCAUUCCCCCUGCCUUUUCGCCCCCAUCCCUUUUCAGUUUUCCCUGAUCUUGGAAUCCUCAACUCUGGUAAUCCCGGUACAGGUGCAUUAGACCCGCUUAUGAAAGGCUGUAGAAUUUCACCGCUGAUGUAGCUGUCGCCGCUUUUCUGAUGGGGAGCCUGGCCUGCUCUACUACUCUGAUCUGUGGGGCUGUUUAGAGAUGUGAAUAUCCUAAUGCUGCAGCACGCAGCUAGUCUUUGGUCUCUGUCUGUUUUGAUAGCAUCACUUCAGACUGAGCUUUGUGUGAAAGAAGAGACCCUGGCUGGGAGAGCAGAGCUAUCCUCGGGGCCACCACUUCACUCCGCUUUGGACAUCUCCAGCUCUAAGUGCGGAAGCAGACAUGCCUCUCAUCCCAAGAAAAAGAGAAAAGGAUAGAGAAGAUACUUUAAGUCUGUCAUUCACUUUCAGUGAAAGAGAAACUGACAAGGACGUCAAGUUAAAAAGAUCACUCCCUAAAAGAGAAAGUGUUCAUGAUGACAAGUUCGAAGACGCCUAUGAAAUUAUCCCUGUGGCAACAACCAUGAAUCUAGUCUCUUCCUUGGAAGAAUGUACAACUGGAUUGUACUUGUUUCUAAAUAACAGAUUCUCAGAUGCCAUAAACCUCAUUCACCCGUGGUCUAAAAACAGCGUGUACCACGCCCUGAUAUACAGUAUGCUGAUGGUUGUCAAAGCCAUCCUGACUUUUGAUCCACAAGAUAUACGGAUUGGAAUGAAUGCCGCAAAGGAAGCGUUGAAAACCUGUAACAAUUUCCGAAAAAAAGGAAGAUUAAUGUCUUUAUAUCAUCUAGUGAGCAGACAGGGAAUAAAUGCUGUCACAGAAGAGGAAUUGCACGCCGAGGUCUGCUAUGCUGAGUGUUUGAUCUUGAAAGCUGCCAUAACGUUUAUACAGGAUGACAGUUUGCUUGGUUUUCUUAAAAGCGGAAUUAACAUUGGAGCAAGUUACCAAACAUACAAAGAUUGUCAACAGGUGGUGGCAUAUAUGUCUCACAGCCAUAGCAAAGCCCACAGACACCUGGUGGGAGGAAUCAAGUUUGGACUUGGAGCGUUCAACUUGAUGUUAUCACUUGUUCCCCCAAGGACACUUAAACUUCUCAAUAUUGUGGGAUAUUCUGGUGACAGAGAGGUAGGCUUGGCUUUGCUUCAUGAGAGUGCAUCUGAACUCCAUAUAAAUAAUAUUUUAAGUGUUCUGACUUUACUCUUUUAUUACAAUUACAUUUAUGUAGCUUUUGGCAUUGAAAAUAUCUCCAAUUCUGCUACAGAGAAUCUCCUCCUAACCUACCUCAAGAGGUUUCCAAAUUGUGUCAUACUUAAAUUUUUUCAUGCGCGUCUCAGUAUGUUGAGAGGGAAUUUUGAAAAGGCACAGCUGAAAUUACAGGACUGCAUUUUUAUUCAGAGUGAAUGGAAGCAGGUUCAUCACCUCUGUUACUGGGAACUCAUGUGGUGCCACGUGUUUCUGCAGAACUGGAGGCAGGCUUACUACUGUGCCCAUCUGCUGUACCUGCACAGCAGGUGGUCCAAGGCCACCUACGUGUACAGCAAGGCUGUCAUCCUGGCUCUGCUUCCUUCUGACUUCGUGAAAUCAGUCAAAGAGGACACUAACUCUCUCUUUUUAAAUGUGGACAGCCUAAGAAUCAAAAUUUUAGGCACACCCGUGCCCAUAGAACAGUUCAUUGCUGAGAAAGGUCAGCGCUACGGAACUACUACAGGCUGGUUUACAGCACAGCCCCUGCUGGAAUUCAUUUAUGCCUGGAGUGGAUUCCGGAUCAUGAGCAAAAGGCUGGAGCUUAUAUCAAGCUGGCUGUCAAUAAUUGACAGAGGGAAAGACCUUUUGCAAGAAAAUCCAAAUGAAGUGUAUGGCACAGACGACAUAAGUUUGCUAUAUCUGUUGAAAGGUCUGUGCCUGAAGCACUUAGGCAAAUACCUGAAGGCCGAGCACUACUUUAACCGUGUUAUUCAGAAGGAGAAAGCGUUAAAAUAUGACCACUAUUUGGUGCCAUACACUCACUACGAGCUGGGAAUUCUACACUACCUGAGAGGAGAUUAUGCCAGUGCAACGAAAAGCCUAAACAACAUUAGGAACUACAAAGAUUAUCCCAUGGAAGCCCGAUUACAGUUCCGGGCUCACAUAGCCCUGGAGCAAAUCGCCAAAGAAAAGUGACAUAAACACAAAGGGUGCCUGUGUUUAGUGUGAGUCAAAAAUCUACAUCAGCAAGCUAAUGAGCAGGUAGAAAAAUCAUUUCUUCGUGGAAAAAUAUCCAAGAGAUGGUUGCUAAGCAUCUGAUCAGUAGCAAGUAAAAAAGGAACUGGCCAUUCCCCCCCCUCUUUCCUUUUCCUUGCCUGUAAAAUACAUGGCUUAGCCUGGUAAA